AUGAUUAUAAAAAAUAAAGGGACCCUUGUGUCCUUUUGUCUUCUGGCGAUCACUUCGUGUGUACGAGCACAGAAUUUCAUCAGACAAUCAUGCGGAGUUGACGAUUUUCGCUGUGAUAAUGGAAAAUGUAUCGAAAGUUCAUAUCGAUGCAAUGGAGUCGUCGACUGUGCUUCUGGAGAAGAUGAAAGAUUUUGUGAUUGUACUCAAGACCAAUUCAAAUGCGUCAACGACGGAUCUUGUAUCGAGCAGAGGAGGCGAUGCGAUGGCUUUAGCGAUUGCAGUGAUUCAUCAGACGAACAAGACUGUGUUUCUCGUUUACUGUACUGGUCUGGCGAUCAUGUCUGUAAAGACAGAGGCAAGUUCAAAUGUAAGGACGGAACUUGCAUAUCGGUACUUUUAAGAUGCGAUGGUUUUAAAGAUUGUCCAAACGACGGGAGCGACGAGUUAGAAUGUCCAUGCAAAUCGGACCAAUGGCAAUGCGAUCACGGUAAUUGUAUCAAACGUAGUAAAAGAUGCAACGGUCGCGUAGAUUGCCCCACUGAUAGAUCGGACGAAAGGAAUUGUGUCGCGCAAGGGUACUUUAAAUGCAGAAAUGGCAAGUUAAUACCCGAAAAUCAGAGAUGCAAUCGUCGUUAUGAUUGCGACGAGGGCGAUUAUUCCGAUGAACAAAAAUGUCCAUGUGGUGACGGCGACUUCAAAUGUGACAAUGGUUACUGCAUACCUGCAUCCAAAAAAUGUGACAGAACGCAUGAUUGUCAGGAUGGUUCUGAUGAACGAGAUUGCAUUUACGGCACAGUAUGCAUGGCUUAUGAAUAUAAAUGUACGUCUGGAAACUGCGUACCGGCGGAAUCGUGGUGCAAUGGAACUCGGGAAUGCUCAGACGGUUCGGACGAAAGUAACUGUCCCUGUAAAAGAGGCCAGUUCGAAUGUCACGACGGCUCUUGCAUUAAUAUUGCCAAGCGCUGUAACGGUUACAAAGAUUGUCAACCAAGCGGGGAAGAUGAGAUGAACUGCGCUCCGUCUCGCUGCCCAGCGGAGAGCUUCACUUGCGACCCUGGCUCCAGUGUGCCGUGCGCCAAGCGCUGUGAUGGCGUACAGGAUUGCGAUUCGGGCGAGGACGAAGACGGCUGCCCGGAAUGCAACCACAUGUGCGACGGCAGAUGUUUAGAAGAUCGUAGGAUCUGCGACCAGAACUUCGACUGUUCUGAUGGCUCUGACGAGAGGGACUGUGACGAAUGCGAUGGACCGAAUGACUUCAGAUGUAAAAAUGGUGAAUGUUUAAACGCCGCUCUACGUUGUAACGGUGUGCCAGAAUGUACCGAUUCUAGUGACGAACUCGAUUGCAAUGUUACUGUGAUACCUGAGCCAUUUGGCUGCAAUGGAAAUCAGUUCCAAUGUCGAGACGGUUCUUGUAUCGAUUCCCAGUUCUUCUGUGACAGACAUCAAGAUUGUAAUGAUAAUUCUGAUGAAGAAAACUGCCCUUGCGAGGAUGGCUAUUGGCAAUGCUUUUCCGGUCAAUGCAUAUCAGCCAAUGGAUUUUGUAACGGUUACCCUGACUGUACGGAUGCCUCUGAUGAGAGUGACUGUCCAACAACAUUCAGGCCCUUCACUACUACAGUCCCACCGUACAUCUACCCCUCUUCUACCCCAGGCUACCCAACCCCUCGAUAUCCAGAUCUAGUGACGACUCAGCGCCCUAUCUAUACCACUACUUCGGCUCCUUAUUACCCGAAUGUUAACCAAGGAUGCAGCAAAAAUCAAUGGCGUUGUGAAAAUGGACCUUGUAUAGACUCGAGACUGCGCUGUAACGGUCGUAUAGACUGUCCCCGAGAUGGGUCAGAUGAGUUGGACUGUCCAGCUACCAAACCUUCUGGUUUGAAUCUCAAGACAUACCCUCGAGAACAAACUGUUCGCAACGGCGGUGACGUGGUAUUUUCUUGUCGAGACGAAGGAUUACUAAGAGCGCCCGUGCGCUGGGUCCGAGAAGGCGGAAGACCUCUUAAGGCUGGCUCCACUGAUAGGAAUGGACGACUCGAAAUGGUCAAAGUUACGACGGCGGAUAGCGGUAUCUACAUUUGCCAAGCGCCAGGCUAUCUAGGAUCGCCUGGAUCUGAAAUAAGAGUUAUGUUGAAUGUCGAAAAAUCAACAAUCACUGCGCAACCACCACCUGAAGCCUGCCAAUCCAACCAAGCCACUUGCAGUAAUGGACAGUGCAUACCAAAGAGAUCAGUCUGUGAUGGUAACAUCGAUUGCUCAGAUGGAUCUGACGAAGACUCUUGCAAUCGAAACGGUAUAUGUGAACCAAACGAGUUCCAGUGUGCUAAUCGUAAAUGUGUGUUGAAAACUUGGCUCUGUGACUCUGAUGACGACUGCGGUGACAAUUCUGACGAACAGAACUGCAUAACCAGCGACCCUCGUCAGUCUCAGCAGUGUUUGCCCGUCGAGUUCGCUUGCGCCAGCGGCGAUCAGUGUGUGCGCAAGAGCUUCCACUGCGAUGGAGAGAGCGAUUGUUUCGACAAGUCUGAUGAAAUCGGUUGUGCGCCUGUACACGUUACAAGAUCUCCAUCUCCCGCUAAUGUCAAAUUGAAUCCUGGCGAAACUUUGUCCUUGGUUUGUGAAGCUGUGGGUGUACCUAUGCCACUAAUAUCAUGGCGUCUCAAUUGGGGUAAUGUGCCAGAGAAAUGCACAUCAACAAGCGUUAAUGGUAUUGGAACACUAACUUGCCCAGACAUGCAGUCGGAAGAUAGCGGAGCAUAUUCCUGCGAGGCGAUCAACAACAGGGGUACUACAUUUGCCGCCCAGGACGCUAUUGUGUAUGUCAAUAGAACUGCCGGAGUAUGUCCGAACGGAUACUUCAACAGCGAGGCACGUUCACAAAGCGAAUGUAUAAGAUGUUUCUGCUUCGGAAAAUCGACUCAAUGUCAAAGUGCAGACCUUUUCAUCUUUAACAUGCCAACUCCACUCGGCGAGGGCGGCACUAGGCUUGUUGGUGUCACCCAAGAUUAUUUCUUAGACGUUAAAAUCGACAAACAGCAAGAUAUAACCAAUCGGUAUUACUAUCAGCCAUUGAGGAAUGGAGCUACGGUUACUAAAUUGGCUGAUUAUGGUCCGUCUUUUGAGAGAGAUUCUGAGACUUACCCGUACUUAACUCUGCCGGAAACUUACAACGGUAAUCAGCUGACUUCUUAUGGGGGCCGCAUCAAAUACAGAGUAUCUCCUCACAAUCCUAGUCAACGCGUCUCCAGAAACAGUAUUCCUGAUAUCAUCAUAUUGGGUAAAUAUCAAACACUGCUUCACAAAAAUCGUAACAAAGUCCGUGAGCCUUAUAUCGACGCUCGCCUGACACCUGGCUAUUGGCAGAAACCAGUUCCUAGAGGAUUAGUACCAGCUUCACGAGAAGACAUAAUGAUGGCAUUGGACGAUGUUGAAGUUAUUCUUCUGCGAGCUGACUUAAACAAUGCAGGUGUUAAUAUAACUGAAUUUACAAUGGAAUCGGCGCAGACGAGCAAUGUUGGCCUUGGAGCGGCUAGUCUAGUCGAGGAAUGUUCUUGUCCGCAAGGCUACAAAGGAAGAUCAUGCGAGAAAUGUGCGGAAGGCUUCGAAAGACAGAAUUCUGGACCUUGGAACGGUACUUGUGUACCAAAGGCACCUUGUCCGCCACUUACCUACGGUGACCCCAACAGCGGUGGCGACUGCAAGCCCUGCCCUUGCCCGCUCACUAACAGGGGUAACCAAUUCGCCAGCUCGUGUUCCGUUGGACCGAGAGGAAACGUCAUCUGCGACUGUCAACCAGGAUAUGAAGGACCCGACUGUAGUUACUGUGCCCCAAAUUACAUUGGCAAUCCUCUAGUUGUCGGGGAUUCGUGUCAACCCAAGCCGCAUGACAAUUGCAACCCAGUAGGAACCAGCUUAGUACGUCCUCCAGAUGAGUGUGUCUGUAAGGACAAUGUCCAAGGUCGUUACUGUGAUCAAUGUAAAAACGGCUCCUUCUACCUUUCUAACGACUUCAGACACGGAUGUGCUCUUUGCUUCUGCUCUGGCGUCUCUCAACAAUGUAUGAUAAGCAACCUGCGUCGCAAGACAACAAAAGCACGUUUCAAUGUACCACAAAUAGUGGAUCAAGUGAAACUGUACCAGAGUGCGCCGAUAGGACCGGCGGGUGCCGUCAGAUACAACGCUCCGAUAGAAACUGACUUGCAACCAGAAAUCGUGAGAGGCGAAAUCGCUGUCAGCACCUACGAACGCUCCCAACCUUCUAUUCUUUACUGGAGUCUUCCUAGCAGUUUCGCUGGGGAUAAAGUAACAUCGUAUGGUGGAUACUUGUCAUACGAACUUCGUCAUGUGCCUACAUACAGUGGUUCAAGGAACUCCGCCGCUGACGUCCAACUCAUAAGUGAUAACAGUUUAACCUUCCACUACUUUGGCAACUUCGCACCAGCUAGCGAUGGCUACUUAAACGCAAGUGUCCAAUUCUUGGAAAAGGGCUGGCAGAGACCUGAUGGCAAGCAAGUAUCCCGCGAGCAUUUCCUCCUCGCCUUAGCCGAUGUGAAGACAAUCCUCAUCAAGGCGACGUACUCAGAGAACACCGACGUGGCGUCAAUCGUGAGCGCCAGUAUUGAAACCGCGGAACCCAACGGUGACGGUCCCCUCGCCCAACACGUAGAACAGUGCCAGUGCCCUGUGGGCUACGUGGGCACGUCUUGUGAAGACUGUGCACCUGGAUACACAAGGAGUUCAAGUGGUCUCUAUUUGGAACACUGUGGUCUUUGCGACUGUAACGGUCAUUCCGACAUGUGCCAUCCAGAAACUGGCGAAUGCUUUGAUUGUGCUGACAACUCUGCCGGACCAAACUGUGAGAGCUGCAAAGCUGGCUUUGAGCUAGAUCAAAAUAACAACUGCGUGCCUAGCUCUACACCUGAACCGUUUACUUGCAAUUGCGAUCCAAGAGGUGAAGCUCAGCCCUGUGACGCUUUUGGUCGGUGUCAAUGUAAGCAGAAUGUGGAAGGCGAGCAGUGUGACAGAUGUAGACCUGGAACCUUCGGCCUCGACGGCAACAACCCGAUGGGUUGCUCCUCUUGCUACUGCUCCGGAGUCACAAAUGACUGCCAUGAAGCUAGUCACUAUUCAAGAAUACCUUUAGCCGCACCUAUCUUCGGCGAAGACUAUGGCGGUUACACUCUUAUGGACUUAAAUGCUGAACAAGUCAUUAAUGAUCAGUUUAUACCAGCACCUAAAGAAAGUGAACUUAUGUAUGUGUUCUCAUCAAGACCCUAUGAUGAUUUAUAUUGGUCGCUCCCAGUUUUCCCAGGCAAGAGGGUUCUCUCCUAUGGUGGCACUCUGUCAUUGACACAAAAGUUCGAAGCGGGUGGGGAGCCGGAACAGUCGUCUCCUGGUAGAGAUGUUGUACUCGUUGGAGAAUCCCUAACAAUCUACUGGACAAAUCCAACUCCGAUAAGAUCUGAUGAAGCUCUGAGCUAUCAAGUUCCAUUACGAGAGGCUAACUGGCACAAAAUGAACUCACCUGACCCCGUUACUCGCGAAGACUUCAUGUCUGUACUGAAGGACUUAAAGAGAGUGUUAGUCCGAGCCACGCUUUCCAACAAUAUUGUAUCCACUGCAAUUGCUGACGUUUCUAUGGAUACCGCUGUGGAGAGUAAUGAUCCAACCGCACCUGCGGCGAAGGGUGUCGAGGCCUUUGCGGACGACGUGGUCCUCGUCUUCUCCAGCCAAAAAUCCGGCAACCUACAGACCUCAGCCGAAACCACCUUAGCUGCCGUACAAGAGUGGGGUAUACAUAACAAACUGAGCUUCGCCGCGCAUAAGACCAACGCGAUGGUGCUCACUAAAAAGCUGAAAUACGAUACCCCCAUAAUCCAUAUGUCCGGCACCCGACUGAGGCUUGUAGAUCAAAUUAAACUGCUGGGGCUCAUUUUGGACUCGAAGCUCACUUUUAACGCGCACGUAUCCGCCGUAUGCAAAAAAGCUGCGGACAUUUAUAAACAGCUUGCGCGCGCGGCGAGAGUAACUUGGGGUCUGAAUGGAGAGAUCGUACGGACCAUAUAUGUGGCGGUAAUAGAGCCCAUCGUUCUGUACGCAGCGAGCGUAUGGUCCUCUGCAGCAGAGAAGUUAACCAUACGAAAGCAACUAAACUCCCUGCAGAGAGGAUUUGCACUGAAAAUGUGCAGGGCCACGGACCUUCUUCCACCGGGAAGAGAACUGGAGCGCAGGGUGGGACCAAUGCAAAACCCCCACCCUUCUCUACUCAUGCCAACAGAGUACGAGCGCUUAGAGAGUCUGAACCCCGAAGUCCUUGAGGAACACAGCAUCGUCGGACCUCUCAUCUUUACCGACGGAAUCGUGUUGUAUGUCCAGGUCUGUAUGUGCCCUGAAGGUUACAUUGGUACCAGUUGCGAGGACUGUGCCGCCGGCUUUUACAAAGACAGAGCGGGAUACUGUAGGCAGUGUAAUUGCAACGGACACGACUGCAGACUGGGUAGCUACGACGAAGUGGUCUGCAACUGCCGACCUCCUUACACCGGACCCGACUGCUCCACAGUCGGCGUAAUCAUGGAACUACACCCCACUAUACACGACGACUAUUCAAACUCGACUGUCGUUCAAGUUACGUUUACGUGCAAGUACAGGGCACCUGAGCCUCUGAGUAUUAGAUUUUACUUCGAGGGACGUCCAAUUCAACCUGAAAAGAGUUACUUGGAAUCAAGACUAUAUAAAGAUGGUUGGCGUGGCGAGCAUUUAUGGAACACUCGUUGGAAUACAAAACGACAGGGAGAAGUUUACGAAUGUCGAACCAUUACUGCUAAUGGAUUUACUUUAGGGGUCUUGUCUACGACUUUACCAGAAAGAGGUGGAGAACCUAUCGAGACUACAGUCCGUCCGCAGCCACCUCCUCAGAGUACGGUCGUAGUGAGAAUAACGAGCCCAACUAUUAAGAUUCAAAAAGUAGGAAGUACUGUAAAUUUCACGUGCCAGGCGCAAAGUCGAAUGACCGCUAGCCCUCUGCAAGUCAAUUGGUACAAGGCUGAUGGAUAUCUACCACAAGGCAGACACCAAAUUGAUAGUAACACUGGAUUAUUGGUUAUAACGAAUCUGCAAGUGUCAGACAGUGGCAAAUACAUUUGUCAAACUAGUGAUGGCAUCUCUACGGGUCAGGCCAUCGCUACUCUCAAAGUACCAGUUAAUGAAAUGACUUUACCGACUGUAUCCAUAAGUCCAUCGGUUAAGGAGUACUACGAAGGAGACAGGAUCGAGCUCACGUGCACCACAACUGGUAAUCCUGCACCAAGGAUCACUUGGCAGAGAGCCGUCAAUCGGCCCUUGCCUCGUUCGUCGAUGUCGUAUGACGCUCUGCUUAUUAUUGAUAACGCCAGCGUUGAAGACUCCGGUGAAUACAGAUGUAUUGCUUCGAACUCAGCCGGUUCCACGGACCGUACUGCAAUUGUGACAGUCAGGCCAAAACCGUCCAGACCACCGCGUCAAAGACUUACCGUCUCAUCGUCGUCACCCACUAUUAACGAGGGACAGAGCACACGUGUAGUAUGCACUGGAACUGCCAAUAUUCCCGCUGGAAGCAUUGAUUGGAUCAGACAAGACGGAGCCAAAUUCUUACCAAACGUACGAUCGGAGAACGGUGUCCUUUACGUCGAAGUUGCUGUUCCAGAGAACCAGGGCGUUUACAUUUGCCAGACCAGUCCUUAUUUAAACAUAAACUCAGAGCUAGUCGUACUGACCGUUGUACCCACAGCACCAGUAUCACCUGGCGAUAUAUCAAACAUUACCUUGUCUGUAAAUCAGCUCAGGAUUCCUACCGGCGGAAGCGGCUCAAUUGAAUGUAUUCCGCAUGGAUAUCCAUCGCCUCUUAUUAAAUGGACUAAGUAUCAAGAACCAUUUGGCCCUGGUACAAGUCAAAGAUACAACGAGCUAAUUAUAACAAACGCACAAGAAAGUGAUGCGGGAUACUACCUCUGCGAAGGAAUUAUCGACGGCAGACCUGUUGUUAGCAGCUACGUUUACGUGGAAAUCGAACGUCGUGAGUCUCCGAGGAUCGAUAUUUACCCUCAAGGCGAGAAUUCAGUAACGCUCGGAAGUCAGUACGAACUACAUUGUUAUGUAAAUGGUGGCAUCCCACCACCAGUAGUCACUUGGGGCAGGAACGAUGGUAGACCGCUUUCACAACACGUGCAAAUAUUACAGAACAAUAUUCUAAGAUUCCAAAAUGUGGAGGUGAAUGAUGAAGGAGAGUACACUUGUACUGCGACUAACGACGCGGGCGCGGCCAGCGCCAGUGCCACCAUCAAGGUCCGUUCACCGCCGGUCAUCACCAUCACCCCCACCAACUACAUCGACGUUAACCAAGGCGACAGGGUCAACGUUGAAUGUCGCGCUGACGGAUAUCCUGAACCGGAAGUGUCUAUCAAAUCGAGCGACUUGCGUUUGUUAGUUCCACCCUCACCAAGAAUAGCGGUGCUCUCGAUACCGAGUGUAAGCGAAGAUGGUGACUACAUUUGUACCGCGUCCUCUGCCGCUGGAACGAUUGAAGAGCAAUUCAUCAUCCGGGUGGAAAGAGGUGACGGUGGCAGCAUUGAUGGAAGCGGUGACAACAAUAUUGACAACAAUGAAAACCCUUACGACGUUCAACCAAAGGAUAUUGCAGUUAUUGAGGGACAACAGAGCCGUAUUAGUUGCAAUGCAUCAGACGAAUUUGCCGUUGUUUGGGGCCGCGCUGACAGAAAUCGUUUGCAAAACAAUGCAAGACAAGAAGGCAACGAACUUGUUAUUUACAACACUACGAAGUCCGAUACUGGCGUUUACGAAUGCACCCUGUAUAACCGUCGUACGGGAGAGGCGCAGCAGUCCGCUCGCACAAGUCUCCAAGUCGUGGCCCCGCCCAUCAUCACCCUCAACCCCCCCACCCAGACCGUCCAUCCCGGACAGUCACCGACAGUCGAGUGCUUUGUCGAGGGAGACGAUAUCAUCGACGUCACAUGGAGAUCGAGGACGUCGUUCUCUAGACGCGUAGAAAUCCAGGACCGUACUUUAAUCUUCCACAAAAUUGAAAUCGAAGAUGCUGGAGAGUAUGAAUGUUUUGCUAGGAAUAGAGUCGCGAACGCAUCUGCCAUCGCCGAAGUGAGAGUCAGUGAAGAUACGGAUCGAGGGAUGGUGUCUCACGAUAACGAGCAGAGCGCGUACGCGGGCUCCGAGGUCGAGUUGAGCUGUAAUGUGACGCAGCCCUGGCGAACCAUACAAUGGAAGAAAGACGGCCGACCGCUUCCAAGCUCCGUCCUUCAGAAGAGCGACGGCUCCCUCUUCAUAAGACUCGCGCAGAAAACCGACAGCGGCCGCUACGUCUGUCUCAUGACAGAUGCUUACGGUCGACAGAUAAGCAAUUACAUCGACCUCUACAUCGAGGGCAAUGAGUGCUUGGAGACUCAGUUCACAUGUGAGGAUGACAGCGGUUGCAUAAACUUUGCAUUGGUAUGUGACAAUCGCAACGAUUGUCGGGACGCGAGCGAUGAACGCGACUGCUUAGUGUUACAGGAUUCGAGCGUAAAUACUCUUAGAACCGGACCUCGCGACGAAUCUCUUAAUCUUAUAGCCAUUGAUCAGCCUCGAAGGCCGUACAGAGUCGGUGAUAAAGUCGAAGUAACAUGUAGAAUGAGGUCCAGAGAUAUUAGAGUUUCGUGGGAGAGAUAUAGGACAAACCAAUUUGUCAACUCUAUAGUCUAUGGCGAUGGAGCCAUUUUACAAAUAUCAAGUGUUCAGGAGUCUGAUGCUGGUAUCUACAGAUGUAUCGGUCAAGAUCCGUACGGACGUGUCUCAUACGACAACUUUACGCUUGAAGUUAUACCAGGACAAAACGAACUUCCGUACCCGGGAAAUAAUAGAGAUACUACGUACACGGCUCGUUUGGGUGACACCGUUGAGAUGCCAUGCAUCCACAACUUGGAAGAACCGGUGUCCGUUGAAUGGAGGCGAGAGUAUUCUCAACUACCUUCCGGUGUCAGACAGAAUGAGCGAAUUCUACGCUUGGAAAGUUUAUCGGAAGCCGACGCCGGUACAUAUGUGUGUAGAGUAUCUAAUAACCGUGCUAGAGUAGAAACCCGCGCCACUCUGCGUAUCAUUGGUAUAGUACCCAAGUUCAACGGAGACAGUUGGUUGGCGCUACCAACUCUAAGGGAUGCCUACAUGCAGUUCGACAUUGAGGUCUCAUUUAAACCUUCUGAUCCAAAUGGAAUCAUUUUAUACAACAGUCAGAACCAAAAUGGUACCGGCGACAACUUGAUCCUUCAAUUGGUCGAUGGAGUUCCAGAGUUUACUCUUAAAUUUGACACAUCCUCUCCUCUGAUCGUGAUGGGUGACCGCCCUCUGCAGUUGAAUACAUGGCACACUAUACGUCUAAGUCGCAGUGGCUCUAAAGUAACAAUGGACGUCGAUAACACUGGUCCAUUCGUGGCUGAAUCAUCUAACCAGUACGAGGUUUUGGACUUAUACGCAAAUCUUUAUGUCGGCGGAGCCCCACCCCAACGACCUCCCGAACUAGAAAACGCUCCAGGUUUCGUCGGCUGUGUGAGCAUGCUUAUCCUCGGCAAAGAAGAAAAGAACAUAAUGGCAGAAAGUCUCGACAUAUACCAUGUUUCGGAUUGCGAUUCUUGCUCACCUAAUCUCUGUCUCAACAAUGGUGUUUGCCAGGAGGCACGCAAUGAACGCGGCUAUACUUGCCUGUGUCCCGCCGGGUACGCGGGCUUGAACUGCGACCGCCCGGGCGAGGCGUGUCGCCCCGGCCUCUGCGGACUGGGCAAGUGUACAGACACCGUCGACGGGUACAAGUGCACGUGCCCCGUCACUUACACCGGGAAAAACUGUGAAGUCAGCCAGAAUAUCGCGUAUCCAGCUUUCGCGGGUAGCGCCUACUUAGCCAUCAAACCACCCAAGACCGCUAGAUACUUCCGCAUGUCGAUGAAGAUCAGACCCAAAGCACCAGUCACGGACGGUAUAAUUAUGUACUGCGCGCAAUCAGCUCGUGGUUACGGAGGCUUCACUUCUUUGACUGUCCAUGAUGGCAGACUCGAAUUCCGCUAUGAUCUUGGAGAUGGAAACGAGCCCGCCGUUCUGAUCAGUAACAAGACACUGGCUCCUAACGAAUGGACCGAUGUUCACAUCGCUCGCGUCGGACCCGUCGUGUCUUUGAAGAUAGAUAUGAGCCAGAGCUAUGAAGCUAAACUAGCGUCAGCAAAGGAGCUCAACUUUGAAACUUCGAUGUUCGUUGGAGGAGUGGAUGACGACUCUAUCGUCCUCAACAACAACACUGGCGUCACCGGAGGGUUCAAUGGAUGCAUUAAAGACGUAACACUUCACGGUGCUACAUUAGACCUUACGAACUCCUCGAUACAAGCAGCCAACCUGCAGGAGUGUGUGAAUUACGACCGCGGCGAUAUACCAGAAACUGAAAGCAUUUGCUCUCAAUGUCGCAACGGUGGCUACUGCUCGUCCCCUGACCAGACGGCCUGUAACUGUCCCCCUGGCUACAUUGGUACCUACUGUGAGACCAGAAUACCGAAUAGGAGACCGUUGGGUGAUCCUUGCUCAGCGGUUCCCUGCAGGAACUCAGGCACCUGUAAGAUCGACCGCAGCCAAAGAAUGAACUACACUUGUGACUGUCCGCUUGGUUUCGCUGGAGCCAACUGUCAAAUGCCCUUGGAGUUAUUCCAAAGCGUCGGUUUCAACGGAAAUGGAUAUCUGGAACUGCCAGCAAGCUACCUGCGCUACGAUCAAAUGGAAAUUGAACCUGAACUCAUUGCAUUAGCGUUCCACACCUACAACGACGGAGUCCUUCUCUACCAGAAGGAGGCUCAACUCUUGCGCGGUGGAGACUACAUCUUGCUUAGAGUGGAAAGAGGCGUAGUGGUUAUGGAAUGGGACUUGGGCAGUGGCAGAAAUAUAAUUUCCGUAGACGACGUAUAUGUAAACGACGACGAGCGCCACGAAGUUAUCGCGAAAAUUUACAACGAUGGCCAUGUGGAGCUGACUGUCGGAUCGAAAACGAAGACUGGUGUUACUAAUGGCAUUUCAAAUGUUAUGAACGCCGAUUCAAACAUUUAUAUUGGUGGUAUUCCAGAAUACCUGAACACAGAGUACAACUACCCAGGUCUAGUGGGAUGUAUAGAGCAACUAGAAUUUAAGGGAGAGCGAAGUCUUAACCUCGGUAGAGUCGCCGUGGCCGGUAGAAAUACCCAGCCUUGUAAAAAAUAAGCUACCUGCUUAGUUCACUCGAAAACCCACAUCGAAGGAACGUAUUGUAAUCUCUCUACAAAUAUUCAAAGUUCUAAACGAAAAUGUCAAUUGAUAAAUUCUAAGGCCGAAAAAAAACGUUUAAACUAUAUUCCGUCUGUUUACUUUUAUUUUUCAAAAAUGUUACGGCUUCGAAACUUGUUGCAAGAUUUAGUAGGAACUUUAUUGAAAUAUACCCUCGUACUUAGUAUUAAGGUAACUUCACUGUUGAGGACAAUACUAAUAGUUUAGAUAAGUUAGGUAACUUGGAAUGUUAAUAAGAUAUUGAAAUAUAUUAUAUAUGAAAUCAAAUUUUAAAUGGAUAAAUCGUUCAUAUCAAACAGUAUGUCUUGGACAGUACAUCCAGUAAACCACACGGGGUGCUCUUUCUUCGGAGCGUUGUAAAUGGUGCCAUAACAUUUGAAUGUAACGUAAAAGUAGUUAGGAAAAUAUUUACUAUUUUUUUUGCUUAUUAAGCUUUGUAAUAUCAAAUUACUUAUAGUUUGUCAGUUACUAUCAUCGAAUGUUUGGGUGAACAAACUGCCCGUGCGUCAUGUGCCAAACCUGGUCCUACGUUAAUUUAGUGUCGACCACUGCCAAUUGGUUUGCUUUCUUUAUUAAUAUUAAGUAGCUAUUACUCCAGUUUUUAAGACAAAUAUUCUACGUUUAAAUACUUAGACAUUAUAAUUUAUAAUUGUAUUUUUCAUUAAUUUUGUAAAUUGUCCUAGUAAAGUCAACUGCGGUCGCAUUUAACUUAAAUAUAUCGCCAGUGAUUUGUUUAUCCCUUUUUACAUAUUUUAUAUGACAUUACGAAAUUAUACUUGCAUGAAAUGUAUUUGUUGUUUUUAGCUUAGC